AUGAAUAAUCUAUUUGAUGAUACAGAUAAAUUAGUUAAAUUAAAUCGAAAUAAAUCUAAAGAAUUAGAAAUUAAAAAUGUACUUAAUCCAUUUACUCGAAUGUUUAUUGAUGAACAACUUGCGAAAGAUCUUGGAAUUAUUUUUAAUGGUUAUUAUCGAAAUCGUUAUGGUGGAUUAAUCCCAUUGCAUAUUGCAGCAAAUAAAGGUUUUAUACAAUAUUCAAAAAAUGAUCAAAUUGAAAUUGAAUAUCAUUCAAAACAAUAUCCAAUUAUAACAAAUUUAAUUAUUCAUCAAGUUUAUGAUCAAAUUCAUCAAUGUAUGAUUUCAUGUCAACAAGCAAUUGAUAAAGGUUAUUUAAAUCUAGAAUUAUUAUUAUAUACAUGUGAAAAUUUAUCAAUGGAAAUACAUGAAGCAUUUUCUCGUGGUUUUAUUAUUGGUCAAUUACAAACAAAUACAAAUGAAUCAAAAUCAAUUAAUUAUGUCAAUGAAAAACAAGAUUUUGAAUAUGAUUAUCUAUUUUCAUCAUUAACAAAUAUUAUAAAUAGUUUAAGUGAAUUUCGAAAUACAAUAAAUAUUAUUGAUGAAUGUGAAUUAACAUCAAAUGGAUUUAUUCGACAUAAAAAAACAAAAAAAUCUUAUUUAUUAACACAAGCUAUUGAACUUGGUCUUGUUUCAAUUACAGAUACUACCUUAAAAACUCAAAUAGAUAAUUCGAAAAAUGUAUUGUAG